AUGUUUCCGACUGAUGGAAACAGUACCAGCCUGAACCCAGAAGCACCUGAGUUCUUUCCUCAUAGUUACCCUGAAAACGAUAUGGUUGCACCUUCGCAUAAUGUUGUUAACUAUAGUGACCAAGAUCUCCCAAACUUCUCGUUUUUUCCUGCAAUAAAUCAAAACCCAUCUUCUUAUUACUACUACCACUGCUACUCUACAUCAGGGCCAUCUUCUCAUCCUUAUCCUUACUAUACUGACACCGAUUAUCAAUAUCCUAGCAAUGCACAGUACUGUGUUGCUUAUGCUCACAACCAUAACCUCUUGGUCUCUACAGUACUGACCAAGCCAAGCCCUAUCAUGGCAGUCUCUGAGGAAACGAAAAUGGUGCAAGCCCAAGAUGAGCCCAAAAAGGACAUGCAACAGUUGGUGCCUGCAAGGGUUAGCACAGGAAGUAAAAAGAGAGGAGAGAGUAGCAGAUAUGUUGGUUCUUUUAAUGGGAGAGAAGGGAGGUAUAAAGGGCACGAAAAAAAACAUGCCAAGAAGGAAGAUUUGAGAGCCAAGUCUAGUGGAAGUAGUAGAAAUCGCGAGAGGCAAUAUUCUUCAACCGGAAGGAAUGUGAGAUCUUGUGGUGGUGCCAAUUCUAGGCAGAAGCAUUCUGUGUUCCCUGUGCUACCCGAUGGCCAAGAUACCACAGUUAUGAUCAGGAACAUUCCCAAUAGAUACACCCGUGAAAUGUUAAUGGAAUUCCUUGACAGGCAUUGCAAGAUGGAGAAUGAAAAGGCAAAAAAGCAUCAAAAUUCUGACUCUGCCAGGGAGGCAAUUGUGUCAGCUUUCGAUUUCCUGUAUCUGCCUAUCGACUUCGAAAGAGAGGCCAACAAAGGCUAUGCUUUUGUUAACUUCACAGAUGCAAGAGCUGCGUGGAAGUUUUACCUUUCCACCAACCAUCAAGCAUGGGAUGUUUUCCAGUCCAGCAAGAUACGUGAGAUAGCCUGUGCUAGGCUCCAGGGCAAGGAGCAGCUAGUGAGGCAUUUUGAGAAGUCAACUUUUGAAUGCGACUCUGAUGAGUAUUUACCGGUAAGUUUCAGCCCAGCCAGGGAUGGUUCAAGGGCAAUGGUGGAGCAAAGGUCAAUGGGUAGACGCAUUAGUAACAAAUCUAGCUAUGCGGCGUAGCUAUUAGAUUUGGUGACCAGGACGUGAC